AGCGAUCGGUCAUCCAGCCUAGCUCGCGUAUAUAGACGGCAUGCCGAGCUGACCACUCCAGACCCAAAGCUGACUUCAUCUUCUUCGCAAUGACCAAGCUAGCAGCCAUCUUCGGUGCAGGCCAACGAGUCGGCAAGUCCGUGGCACUCCAAUUCCUCCGCGAAGGCUAUCAAGUCGCGGUGGUAUCCCGAUCGGGCGCAAAGAGCCUCGACGAAGAGGCUGAGAAGUUCAAAGGUUCGCUGCGUCGAUACAGCGCAGAUCUCGGAUGGGCAGAAGAUGCGGUCAGAGUGUGGAACGAGAUCAAAAAAGACUUUUCCACGCCGAUCAGCGUUGUCUUCUACAAUGCCGCGGCCAAUUCAAGCACCGACAAGUUCUUUGACUUCCAGGUGUCUGUGGAUGACCUGAGAAGAGAUCAAGAGAUCAAUGCGCUGUCCUUAUUCGCGCUAGCUCGCGAGGCUGUCCGUGACUUCAAAGGCCUGCCUGCGUCGGUCCCCAAGGCCUUUAUAUACACAGGCAAUGGUCUCGACGACCCCAAGGCGUUCCCAAAGACACCUCCUGGGCUCUUGACCGGGGCCGUCGGCAAGCACGCUGCAGCUCAUUUCAUUGAUGCAGCUUCGCAGACGUUCGGAGCCGAGGGCUAUAAGUUCUAUUACAUAGACGAACGUCUUGCAGACGGAGCGCCAGCCUACGGCAAAAUCACAGGCCCAGGACAUGCCGACAUGGUCUGGAAGCUCUCCCAAGAGCCCACGCAGGGCGAUUGGAGAGUCUCCUUCAUCAAUGGCAAAGGCAAGAUAUAGCGUUCUCAUUGCCUGUUUUACUGGAUACGAGGUCUCCUAUGCACUUUCUCCAAUGCCAGGUCCGUUGUUUGUCUAUCUGCGAAUUCAUAAAGGCACUGCUUGAAGAGU